UAGCUGCUGACGUAGCAAAGAGUUGUGGUACAUGUAUUUGAUUCGUUUUCACCAUGAAAAUGCCGGUAUUUACGGUAAGCUAAGGCUACUGAUAUUUGAACUUGCAGUAUAUUUCCCAAAUACUUUACUCAGUGAGGCGUUUCUUCUAGGAGCCGGACACGGACGAGGUUUUUGUAAAUAACCUUUCCUCCUCUGAUUACGAUGACAGACUUCAAGCCGUAACGUAAGAUCAGUGACUUUUUAUGCUCUCGUAAAUUAAUUGUUGUGGGUUAUGUAAGCUUAAAUGUUACCUUCUGGAGUUCCAUGAAGAUAUUCUCUUAGUAACAGAGUGUUAUUUGUGAUUUCUGCUGUGCGGUUAACAAAUUCCGGCGAAGUCGUAAUUGUCUAUUUACUCACACAAUUAAUCUACAACUCAAGCUCGUCGUUAAGCUACAGAAGCUUACUCAUAUAUAUUUUAGAACAGCAUGUAGCAAACAUCUCUUGCAUUUGUCUGAAUUUUCACCCGAAAAUUUUAUCUUUUUAUUGUUUCUAGAUUUAAACAUCUAUGUUCUUGCAUAGUCUUGCAUCAGUGUCUAUACUGUUGUGGUUACAAUUAUAUAUAUCACAGGUUACAAAGACUAAAGCUUUAGCGACACGAUCUUACAUUUAAUGGGGAAGUCACUAAAUGCUCUUGUGAUCCCAUGGUCCCAAAUAAACUGCCCCUCAGUCCUGGAAUCCUUAUAGUUUUUAAAGCUACUCCCAAUUCUAGUAAACUUUUGUGUAGCCUUUAAUGCUGACUGAAGAAGCCCUUUUCAAUUAGUUCAGCCCCAUCAUAUUAUAUAACUAUUUUCACAACCUGCUGUAUCACCUCUUAUCUCUCAAGAGAUGCAGAAUGAUCUAGAAAUCCGUGAAGGACAGAUUCAAAAUGACAUUGUGAAGGCUGAUAAGUCUGUGUGGGUCUGUCACAAAAAUAACUUAAAACUUCUCAAAGUCAAGCUGCACCUUUUUAUUUUUUCAAGUUAACAGACCAUUUGAUUUAAGUGCAUUUUGUAACCAUUCUUCCCAGUUUAGUUCUUCUCCACGUAAGUCCAAAUCCCAGGCUUUAAAUUAUGCCACAGGGUAAUGUACAGUAUGUGAUAAUUAUAACUGUGUGUAAAAAAACUAUGUUAAUUUGUUUCUAUCUUAACUGUGGACACACACAAUCAAAAUGAUAAUCAAAAAUAUAUUUGAAACCAUUGUGGAGGCUUUCUUGAUGGGCUUAAUAAAUAGAUAUUGCAGUAGGAGAAUGAAUAUUAAAGCACAUGUACCAAUAACAAGAAAAUAUUUUCCAUGUAAAUUUAGAGUAUUGAUUGAAAUAUAGCAGGUUAAACCUCCUCCUCAGCAACAGGAGCCACUAUUCUCUUGUAUACAAUGCCCAUUGAUUGCCCUGGGAUCAUUUAUUUUCUGUCAUUGCAGUAAUAUAAAGAAUGCUGUCAUUGGUAAUAAGGCAAAGAAAUCCUCAUUCAUCAGACUUGAUAUUAUACCAAAGAUACUUCAACUACUUAUGCAAGAUGAUACUGGGAUUGACUUUGUUGUGGAGUCAGUUGUACUGUUAGGGAGUCUGGCAAGAGGUAGGGCUUACCAACAAUUUCCACUCUAAAAUUGAUAUUUAUAUUCCCUAUACAAUUAGAGCUUUGGGAGUUUGGGGUAUAAUCUAGAAUCAGUAUUUAUUGUAUUUUAGAUUAUACUGCUUUGAUUUUCCUUUUAUUCUCAUUUUUUUUUUGGUUAACAGGUUCAGCUGAGAAUGUCCAAGCUCUUAUAGAUGCAAAAUCUCUGGAUGUGUUCUUAAAAGGUAAGUUGUUAUAAUUAUUGGUUCUUAUGUAGUAAACUGUCUUUCACUGUGAUGAGCUAAUGUUAACAAAUCAGACAAAUACAUGUAUCAGAUUAACAGAAACAAGUAUUCUUGGUUGAAACAUUAACCAUCUUUUUAAAGAUAUAAGGUUAUAGUACAUGUAAUUUAUUGAUAAAUACAUAAAUGAUUUCCUAACUGGGUAAGGUAAAGCUAAAUUAAAUCCUUUGGCCAGUUACAGCCAUCCAGCCCUUUUAGGAUUACUCACCUUAAUUGAGCUGGGAAAAAAAUUCUCAAAGCUGGUUGGUUUAUUUUGUAAGUAGCUUGUGGGGGGAAUUUUUUUUUUCCUACAAGAAAAAAAUUUUCAACAGUUUUAAACAGCAAUCAAGGAACUGCAAAAUGUGUGUGGAUAUUUGCUCCAUUACGUCUAUUUUUUUGGAGGUGUUUAAAUUUUAGACCUGUAAUGUCUUGGCCCAUAAAAACUCAUUAAAGAAUGUAAAUAUGGCCUUUAUCUAGCUAUCUUGACUGUUACGUAAUAUUUACAAGAAAAUGUUUAGUAGCUAGAGGGGAGAAUUAAGAAUCAGAUCUUGGGAUGAAAAGCAAAGCCAAUGCCUGACUCCAUGGUACUGAGUCAUACUGGACACAUUUUACUGAAAAAAAAUGUACUCGUACCAAAUAAAUGAUCUCUACAAGAAUGCAGUCUUAUCUAGAUAGGGUGUAUGUAUGAGUAAGCCCUUGCCUGUUUAUUGUUGUGGCAGGAAUUUGUCAUUCAGAUUCUCGAGUUGUUGAAGCAUCUGUCAGAUCACUGAGGACAGUCUAUGAAUCUUCAUGUGUACCAGUCAUUGAGGUUAGUUUGUUUAGAGUAUAUGCCUCCCUAUCUUUUCUGUUUUGUAGUGUAGAUGUAAAAGUGUAAAGUUUUAUUCGGAUUGUGUACUCUUCAUCUGCAACUGGUUCCUGUAUUAAUCUCAUCAAUAACUCAAACUGAGAUUCAAGACUCCCAAAAAGUGUGAAAAGUAAAGACAAAUUGUUAAAAGAAAAGGAAAGAAAUCUGGAGUUUUUUUCCGUGGUUCAUGCAAGAAGUGCCCAAUUGAUAAGUGAGGUCUUAAUGAAGUUGGAAGAGUGGAGGUCUCUUAAAUUUACUUUAGCAAGAAUGUUUUAUCAGCAGGAUGCAAUAAUUUACAAUUUUAAGGCAAACACUCACUUGUGGAGCUCCUGUGGUGCAUCCAAGAUCUAACUCUUACAGUUGUGAGUGUAUAAAUUGUGAAAAUUACUCCAACUAACUAAAUUCUCCCAACUCAUGUUUGUUUUUCGAUUGUGUUUUGUAGUUUUGAUUAUAUUGCAUGUCACAUUAAAUGUUACCUUACAAAAAUUAUUUAUAAUUAUUUGACUUAAUUCUCAGGAUCAAAGCAUAGUACCACAGCUUGUCGACCUGUUGUCUAGUUCUUUGUCUAAUGCAGAGGGAGCUGCAGCAAUCUUAUCCAAAUGUUGUCAGGUAAACAGAGAUUGUUACAGUAUUAUACUGUUUAACUUUCUAUGAUUGUUACUUUCCAAUAAAUACACCUUACAUUUCUUGAGCUGUUCCUAUGUUUUUCACUUAAAGCUGUAAAUUAACUGAAAAGUAGUUAUUUAAAGAAACAAGUGAAACAGGAUUAAAUAUAAUAUACAAUUUUAAAUUGAUUACAACAAAAAAUACAACUCCAGGAAUCUUUACAGUGUAGCUGUGGCCUGCUUUAUGCUCUGCACGAGGCCUGUGCAGAGUGUUGACUCUGAGCUUGUAUCCAGGUGAACACCUAUCAUAGUGUUUUUGUCCCAUUCUGCAAUCAUAAUGUGAGAGAAUGUUCAUCAUGAACAAAGUCCAUUACUUUCAUGUUUGAGUCAAAACUCUGACUUACAACUUGGCUGAAAUGUUUUUAAUCUACACUUACCACAAGUAAAUAUCUCAAAAUGAAAAAUGCCAGACCCCUGGCAAACCUCUCCCUGACUCGUCUCAGAUUUUCCUGUCUGAAGAGAAUUGCUUAAAAAAAAUGUCUUGGGAAAGAGGUAAAUUAGGAGCUUGAGUCUUAAUUGAAAGUAAAAAUUGCAUUUUGUCAGGUACAUGUUCUGUGGAGGACAUUUCAUCUCUUGUUAACAUUCAAUUACAUUUUAUGUUCAGGGUCCAGCACAUCAGGCUUUGUUAUGUAAUAUGGGAGCUGUCACAGCCUUACUGCCACUUUUGGUCUGUGAUAUUCCCAAGAUACAACAGCCAGCACUUCAGUGCUAUGCAUCUAUGUCAUUUCAAAAUGGGGCUGUGUCAAUUGCUAUGAAGUCAGGUAAUGACCAGAAAAUUGAUAUUAACAACCUAAUUUUUUAUGUACUAUUUAAAGGUGUAUUACAGUCAAACCUGUAUUAAGCAGUCACCCACAGGGAAUGGUAGGGCCACUGCUUAAUGCAGGUUGGCCACUUAACAGGAGUUCCACAGGUUAGAGGUCUUAUGAAAAGUGGUAAACAAUGCUGCUUUAUGCCAUAAUUGAGCAAUUAUUGUACAGAAUCUUUCUCCAAAAUACUACUUUAAUUUUGAGAGAGGAACAAGGAUUAAAAAUUACUUGAAUAGUCAUUCUUUCAGUGACCAUUCAAGCAGAAGACAAUAAAAAUAGGCAGUUGGAACUUAAUAAAGGGUGACCAUGACUACUUAAUAGAGGUGGCUGCCUAAUAGAGGUGAAAAUUACAGUGAUUAAGGGGAAACUUUCUGCUUUUUGUAGUACAGGGUAACCGCUUAAAAUAGGGUGCCACUUAACUGGCCUUUAACUCAUGAGAUCUCAUUACUAAUUCUCCUUUCUGUAUGCCAUACAGUUCUUGUAAUGUUAGUUUGGAGAAUUUGAUAUUGGAUCAACAUACAUACAUGCAUAAUUCCCUAAUUGAUAUUUUUCUUUAUUUUCAUCACUUGUCUGCUCGAUAUUUUAAUGAUAUAUUAAGGAGAAAUUCUUUCAGGUUCAACUUUAGCUACAAACAGCUUUCAUCACUGUACAGUACUGCAAGAGUGUAAAAGCAUAACACAUUUUUUGUUCUUAAUUCAAUUUUUUUGCUAUUUUUUGCAAACCCAAAGCAACACAUCAAGGUGAGCAGCUGGUUCAAAUAUUUACUAAGCUGCUGUCAAGAGACAGACCCGAUGAGAUUCAGCUUGGAGCUGCAAAGUGGUGGGUAUCAAUCUGAUCUUCCAACUGUCUGUUUGUAGUGUCUUUUACUCCUUCCUUCCUUCUAUCUGUUUUUGAUGUGGUCUUUGUUUCUUUGUGUCCACCAGUCUCUCUUUCCAUCUUUUCAUCCAUCUGUCUAUCUCUCUACCCACCUGCUUGUCUGUCUACCAAACUGCGUGCAUAUGUGCCUUUCCUAAAUUCUUUUUUUUUUUUGCUGGUCCAAUCCAUCUUUCUUUCUGGCUGUUUAUCUGUUUGUCUGCUUGUCAGUUAACAUAUCAGUCCAUGUAAUCCCUUUUGCCUUUCUGGGUCCUUGAAAUUCAAUCUGUCUUUCUAUCAAUAUGUUCUUAACUGUAUCCUUUAACUGUACGUACAUGGUGCAGUUAUGCUGUUUGAAUGAAUUAUUUGAGUUUCUGUCUCUCUGACUAAUUUAAGAAAUUAAUGUACACUGUACAUUGCAGUUUGACGAACAUGCACAGGGCAGGGGCAGUACCAGCAGCAGAACAUCAUUCGCUACUGAUCAAGGUGUGUAUAGACCUACUUGCAGUCAUGUUGUUACUCAUUGCACCUAACUUCAGUUUUCAGCCUUAUCUUCUCACUUCAAUUCCUGGCCUGGGUUGUUCAAAGCUGGGUUAAGAUAACCCAGGGUUAGGGUGAAAUUUGAUUUCAGGUCGGAAAGCUUUAAAAGAAAAUUCAAUGCAAAUCUUUUUUGCUUGCAAUUUGGUCAUUGGAUGGUCUAAAAGAAUAGGGAAUAUUCUUCCUAAAUGGCUUUUGAACAAAGAAAUAUAGAAACCUGGAUGAAAUUUAAGUCUGGGUUAGCGCCAAUCAGCCUUUAAACAACUGGGCCCUGUAGUAUAUUGUUUGAAGGAAGGGAGGGGAGGGGACUCUCAUUGAGAGGGAUGAAAGGAUGUUUGUUUUCUUGCCUACAGUACAUUGUAUGUGCACCUGUCACAGUGUUUUGUCUCUCUUGGGUAGCCUUGGAAAAAUAUCCAAUAUUUCUUGUUCCUUUUCAAGUUAUUUUUUAGAGUCUUGGUUGAUUUGGAAGGAAAGGGUGUCUGUUAUUGAAAUUGUGUAGCUUAUGGAGUUCUUGUGUCUCUCUUGAAGGGAUUAGAUUCAAUUCAAAUGUCUCUGCUUCCAACAUUCUGAUAGAUCAUGGUGUACAAUGAUUUAUACUGUACAUACAGAGCAUAAACUACAUGACCGUGAGUUUUUAAAACACUGAACACAAAUAAAUGUACAAGAAAUACGUAUGUACUAUCAAGAAGGCGUGAUGGCAGUUCUGACUCCUUUCUGCAAUUCAGUGGGUUGAAUUAUUUUUGCCUCCAUUUAUAAUUGGUAAAUAUGAUGUCAACACAAUACAAGUGAGUGAUUGCUUUUUAAGGUUCUUGCCACAGUGGUCAGAAUGUGUAAAUUGGACAAAAACCUCACCGUCAGAGCUGAGGCAGCAGAGACAUUAGGUUAGUUUUGAUGAAAUCAUUUUUUUUUGUAAGGGUAGAGGUAAUGGUUUAUAUUGAAAUUUUGCAUUUAACUCAUUGAUCAGAAUGAAAAGUUCAACCUUGUGUUUCUGUUUGAGAGGCAAAUGACAUACAGUGCCUUAGUUCAUCCUAGGGUAUGUAGCAUGCAGUUACUAGGAACAUUUCCAGACAGAAUUGAUGUAGAUUUAUCAGUAGUAUAAUGUAGGCAUCCCUCGAGGUUUUUGCCAGGUUUCCCUCGGCUGACAGUUUGUUAGUAGCCAUUUUUAUAGUCAUCAUGAGAGAGAGAGAAAUGCGCUGUUAUAAAUUAGUGUUCUACCUAAGAACACAUAAAGAUGACCCUCUUUCAGCCUCGAUCCAGGACAUUCUCUUCCUCAAUCAACUUGUUAUUCAACACUCACACUACAAUUGUCUCAAAGAGUUUUGAUUCUAGGAGAACUGGUGUGAAAAUUGGGGUUGAAACCCAAUUACUUUAAUACUUAAAAGAAAACACAGUCCUGUUAGCGGGUUAGAGUGCUAUUCAACGGCCAAUCAGAGGAAAGGAAAAUAUCACAACGAGCCAAUGAGAAUUGAUAAUGGAAAGCAUACUGCUCAAAGCGCGGGAAAACGCGUGUGUUGAGGCCGCGAUUGGUUUUGGUUUUGAAACUGAUUGGUUGAGAGGAUAGCGCGAGUUUCCUGAAUCAAUCACAGGGCGUAGAAAAGUUAAACCAAUUUAAUCCUUGAUUACUUUCGACACUCAAUUGAGAAUUGUUAUAUUAAAAAAUUGCUAUUUAUGUUGGUCCACUGGACCAUUCAAACAGCAGUUCUUGGUACAGAUACAGGUUAGUGUAUGAAACUGCCUUUAAGAGUCUACUAUUUGAUUCGCCACUUCUUUUAGCAUUCCUCAUUGAAGAAGACACAGAGCUGCAGAGGACGGCAGCCAUUUCUGAUCACUUGAUUAAAACGCUAACUGGCUUCUUGGUCAAAAGUGACUUGGACGACAGCUCUUACGCUCUCAUGAGAGAGGUGGGUAUAACCACUGUUGCGGCAAACGAACAUCAAGGCUCGAUGAAAU